GUUGUUGAAAAAGGGACUGAGCAGACAGUCCAGAGGUGGUGUGGGAUUGUUGUGGAGAGAAGGAGGUGGGGGCGUUUGUGCUGUUUGCCAAUAGAUACAGGCAAUUGGCAUUUUCUCCGCCUGUCCCUCCCUCUUUGAAACCGUAGCAAGGGCUGGGACAUAAAGUGAGGAGGAGCAAUGAGUGUUGAUGCACAGUCCCUCACAGAAAGCACAUGUCUGCUGGAUCCCUGUCUAAUGUGCAUCUGGCUGCGAAUUCUCCCAGAGCAAUUCCACGAGAGCCGCCGGCCCUACGUAGCUGCUUUUCAUCAGCUGCGCAGUCCAGCAAAGGAGACGCAGAAUACUUGAAAUAGCCGGAGGGACCAUUUAUGUAUGCCUGUGGUCAUCAGCGUGUCUCCGGACAGGUAACCAGGUGUGCUGCUGCGGCCAUGGCCUUGACAACGCUGCGGCUAUUUCCUGUCACUGUCAUUACAGUCUUGGCAGUGCUGGCGUCAUCUUCAGAGGAACAUGAGUGGCACUUUAACCCAGCUCAGUGUCGCUACGCCCUGGGGAUGGAGGACGGCACCAUCCCAGACUCUGACAUCACUGCCUCCAGCGCCUGGUCGGACUCCACUGAGGCCAAACAUGGAAGGUUGAGUACUGGAGAGGGAGAUGGAGCGUGGUGUCCAGCAGGAGCCGUCUUCCCCAGUGGAUCAGAAUACCUUCAGAUUGACCUGCACAAACUCCACUUCCUGGCUCUGGUUGGUACCCAGGGUCGCCAUGCCGAUGGGCAUGGUCAGGAGUUUGCACGAAGUUACCGGCUCCGCUACUCGAGAAAUGGGCUGAAAUGGAUCACCUGGAAGGACCGCUGGGGCCAAGAAGUGGUGUCCGGUAAUGAGAACACAUACGAUGUUGUGCUGAAAGAUCUUGGCCCUCCCAUCGUGGCCCGCAUGGUGCGCUUCUACCCGCUGGCUGACCGAGUUAUGAGCGUUUGCCUUCGGGUGGAGCUCUACGGUUGUCUCUGGAACGAUGGGUUGAAAGCUUACACAGCUCCUGUGGGUCACGUCAUGCACUUGCCCGGCAUGGCCAUCUAUCUGAACGACUCCACCUACGACGGGAGCACACAGCAAGGGAUGCAAUUUGGAGGCCUGGGUCAGCUGUGUGAUGGUGUCCUGGGACAAGAUGACUUUAUACAAACCAAAGAGCUGAGGGUGUGGCCUGGGUACGAUUACUUGGGCUGGAGCCGAGAAGCCCUUGGGCAAGGCAGCGUGGAUAUCGAGUUCCACUUUGAGAAGCCGCGUCUCUUCCACAACAUGCAGGUGCACAGUAACAACCGCCACACACAGGGCGUGCGAGUCUUCAGCAAAGUGGAGUGUGUUUUUAAGCCUGGUAUCCUCCUGCCCUGGUCCUCUCCUGCCCUCUCCCUGCCUGUGCCCCUUGAGGAUCUAAAGGACCCCUCCUCACGACCCAUCUCUCUUCCACUUGGCGGACGGCCGGCUCAGAUCCUCCGCUGCAAGUUCUACUUCGCAGACCCCUGGCUGCUCAUCAGCGAAAUAUCCUUCCUGUCUGAGCCAUUUGAGGAGGAUGUUACAGACACUGAUUCAUUUCCUCCUAAUCUUCCUGAGGUUCCUGGCACCAGUUCCUCUCCUCCUCCCGUUAACCUUACCUCCUCCGCUCCCACAUCCAACCCCAGCUCCUCCAACCACACCGCCAGACCAUCUGAACCCCCCACCACCACUACCUUCAUGAUGGACACCACUGGUAACUGGACGCUGUCAGGGCCAGAAUUUGCUGCGGUUACCUCAAGGUCAGGGCUUCCUGAAGCCAAAGACGACAGCAGUAAUACAGCUAUUCUGAUUGGCUGCCUGGUGGGCAUCAUCCUACUGCUGUUGGCUGUCAUAGCCGUCAUUCUUUGGAGGCAGUAUUGGAAGAAGAUACUGGGCAAGGCACAAGGUAGUCUGUCCAGUGACGAACUGCGAGUUCACCUAUCCGUCCCGUCGGACAACGUGGUGAUCAACAACACACACAGCUACUCGAGCCGCUACCAGCGCAUCCACACUUUUCCCGACGACCGCGAACAUGACAGAGAGGGAGAGGGAGAGUAUCAGGAGCCCAGCGCUCUGCUUCGACCAAGAGAUCACAGAGACAGCACAGCCUUGCUGUUAAACAAUCCGGGCUAUCACCUGCUCCUACCAGAUCACAGAAAAGGCCAGAGAGCCCUAGUGGUCCCCAGCUCCUCACAGGCUCAGGAAAAGAGCCUCAAUGUGCCGCAGGCUUGUGGUUUGGACUUGGACAUGGAGAAGGGUUUCCCUCCUACACAGGAGGAGCCUCCACCCUACCCUGGGUCGCCUCCUUACCCCUCUCUCUCUCCACCCGUGUCUCCCCCACUGCCUCCAAGCGUGCCACACUACGCUGAGGCAGACAUUGUGAGUUUGCAAGGUGUGAGUGGUAACAACACCUAUGCGGUGCCGGCCUUGACCUCUUCAAGCCCCGGAGCCGACGCUGCACCCCUGCCUGAGCUGCCACGCCAGUAUCUCAUCUUCAAGGAAAAACUUGGAGAGGGGCAGUUUGGAGAGGUGCACUUGUGUGAAAUAGAGAAUCCGCAGGACCUUCCAAACCUGGAGUUCCCCUUCAAUGUGAGAAAAGGUCGCCCUCUUCUGGUAGCUGUCAAGAUACUUCGCCCAGAUGCCUCCAAGAAUGCCAGGAACGACUUCCUGAAAGAAGUAAAGAUCCUUUCUCGCUUAAAGGACCCGAACAUCAUCCGGCUGCUGGGAGUGUGUGUGAGCAGUGAUCCUCUCUGCAUGGUCACUGAGUACAUGGAGUGUGGAGACUUGAACCAGUAUCUGUCACACAGAGUGCUAUUGGACAAAACUGGGCCUUCACACAACACUCCAACUAUCAGUUACCCUGCACUCAUCGCUAUGGCCAGCCAGAUUGCAUCAGGUAUGAAGUUCCUCUCAUCGCUCAACUUUGUGCACCGGGAUCUGGCGACGCGCAACUGUCUGGUCGGGGGUGAGAGGGGUGAGAGCGGAGAGGAUCGAGGUGGCGAGCGUCACAUCAAGAUAGCCGACUUUGGUAUGAGCAGAAACUUGUACGCUGGGGACUACUACAGGAUCCAGGGCAGAGCUGUGCUGCCAAUACGCUGGAUGGCUUGGGAGUGCAUACUCAUGGGUAAGUUCACCACGGCCAGUGAUGUGUGGGCGUUCGGGGUCACUCUGUGGGAGAUGCUGAGUGUUUGUCAGGAGCAGCCCUACUCCAACCUCACUGAUGAGCAGGUCAUUGACAACGCUGGGGAGUUCUUCAGGGACCAUGGCAGACAGGUUUAUCUGAGCAAGCCAGCCAUUUGUCCACAGGGUCUCUACGAGCUCAUGUUGAGCUGCUGGAACAGAGACUGCAAGUUGCGCCCGUCCUUCGCAUACAUCCACUCCUUUCUUACCGAGGAUGCCAUGAACAUGGUGUGAAGAGAGAGCACAACAAGGGGAAAGCAAACACUAGAGGGAAAAUGUCUCGCAUGUCGAUGAAACUUUGCUGCAGUGGGAAGGUGUGGUGGAGGUUGCGCGCACAGGGCAGAUGAACAGAAAGAGUGGGUUGCUCGCUUUUAUAUUAUUUUGGGUGGACAGGGCUGAGAGACCGCUGGUCCGGUUUUAUUUUCACGUCAGCCCCCAAAGACAAAAUUAACCCUAGCUUUUGAUAGAUAACAGUCAGAGCCACGUUUCACAGUGGCUGGUGGUGGGUGCAGUCUGCAUAGGAACUUUCUGUCUUCUCAGAUUCUUAACAAUCAAAGUGAGUUUGUUUAAGUGUUGAUUAAGUUGUAGAAUUAAUGAAGCAGCAAACUGCCAGGGCUCAAUCAAAGAACGUACUCUCUAUCUGGACCUUAGCAAACUAGAAAAUGAACAGUCAUUAAGUCUAAGGGCGUCUCAAAUGCUACACCAAACAGGUGAGGUACACAUGUGCUGUGAACUCAUGACAAACUUUGAAUAGGACACCUGUCUUCCAGACAUGAAACAGCAGACACAGGGAUAGUCUUAGUAUUUAUAGUAUGUAUAGGCUACUGCAUACAUUGUAAUCAAUCACAUUCAUUGAGAUUGGUCCCAGCUAUAGCACCUGAUGGCCGGGCCCAGUUCAGUUCUUCUCCACAAGUGUUAAAUUAUACAUGGCAGAUGGCAGAUCUUACCAAGUUUGUUCCUUUUAUCUCAGCCCCUCGUCCCUACAGUGACCCACAUCCACAGAUGAUUUUGUGGACUAAUGUGAAAUAAUGUGGACCAGACAAUAGCAGCCCCCUUUUCUGCAAAGUGACUGGUUUGCUCUCAAGCAUUUACCCCUAUAAUGCUCAGAAAUCACAGGAGGUAUUUGAAUUCCAUCUUUAAUCUUGGUGCCAAAUGGAUUCUCAAACCAGAGGAAAAUGGCUCGGAAGAGGAGUGGGCUGCUGCUGCCAAUGAGAUGUGACCCACAAGGCGAAACUGCUGGCAGAGGCCACGGAUAGGACAUUUUCAUACACCUGCUCAGGUGUUGGUGAUCUUUUAAAAUUUUUAUUUUUUUUCUAUCUGACUGUGACUAAGUCACAAAGGAUAUUAUGUAAAAUUCCACAACCAGCUGCACUUUAAAGCCUACAUGCAUAUCCCCAGCUAUGAUGGAACUCUUCUCUGUGAUAGGCCUGAAUGAUGAUUCCUGUCGUCGUAAAUUCUCAUGCAAUUUUCAGGAAUUUGCCAAGAGAGCUCAGAGUGCAUUAGAGAGGCAGGACAAAAUCUGUUCGCCUUCAUAAAACCUCUCCAACAAGGCAUUGCCAAACCAUUAGAUGUAAAAUAUUAUUUUUAAAAAAAAAGUGGAAUGGCAUCAUUGUAUGACUUUUGUUUUGUUUUGUUCAACUGUUGAGACAUGUUUACUCACCUUGUUCAUCCAAAUUCAUCACUGUCAUUUAAGACAAGAACACAGUUAUGGCAUUGAUCAAGCUGGAAAUGCUGGGAUUCCUCAUUUUAUGUGAAUGUCAACGUCAACCUCUGCAUUGUCCCACGGUAGUGCAUUAAGCUGACCACGGUAGAGUUAAUGCAUCUACCUUACUGACUGUACAGCACUGUAAAUCAGUCCUGAGAUGAUCAAGAUUAUCAAGUUAAACAUGUUUACUGAUGGUUGUGCCAUUUGAGUCAUUUUUGAUACACUGUAGUUCAACUAAUCCCAUAUUUUUAUAUAUACUGUACCUACUUAGACUCUCCUUGAUGUCUGAUUUUGUCCUUUUGUGUAUUCGGAGCAGAUCAUGUAUGUACAUAUUUUAAAGGACAGAAUUGUAAUUUCAUUUACUAAUAUAUAGAAAACUUACAUGUUACAUUUGGGGUCUUCUGUGUCUCUGUAGAACGCUUGCUACUUUGAUGCUAUCAUAAUUCACCGUGUUGUCUAUUUUUGUAGAUGUUUUAAUAAAGUUAACCUUUUCAAAUAAA